AUGGACAGAGUCGAUGAGGUUGUCGCAGCUAUCCUGCUCUCCUUGCGCACAAUCCUGCUCACCUUGCGCAGGCUCUUUCAGCUGGACAAUGCUACUCGUAUUUUCAGUGUGGAGCUAUUGGUGCUGCUGACAACGCUGCUGCUGGUGGUGAGGUUCGUCAUCGACUUCAAGGGGCCAUGGUUCGCGCAGCCAGGGAGCUUCAGGAUGACUUCUGUUCUCACCCUAGAGAUGCUGAAUCAAAGCAUGGUGAUCUACACCAUGGGACUGAUGCAGCUAUCGGGCACCACGAAGGUGAACGACUACUUCCAGGUGUGGGCGGUGCUGCUGGUCACCCUGCAGUACAGCGUCAAGAUCGGGCGCCCCUACACCAGGUCCAAACAGAUCCCAUUGCUGGACCUCAUGUCGUCUUUGUGGUCAGCCAAUCUCCUCCGGGUGCAGACCUUCUACCUCCUCAGGAUCCCCCUCUGGACGAUCUGGUCCCUGAAUGCAGUUCGCAUCGUUGUCGUGUUCGUCAGCUCUACUAAAGGGGAGACAAAUAACCAAGAGAGCAUGAGGCUGUUGAGCGACUAUAUGAGCUACGAGGACACUCUCUCCACCCUUGAGGAGCAGGAGCAGGAGCACAACAAGAAAUCCGCCAUGAGCGGGUACAAGUACCUGGUGUACGGCGAGCACCGCGUGCUUAAGGAAUUCCAUGAGGGCAAACGGCGGCCAGAGGGAAGAGGAACAGUAUCUUCGUGUUUCAGGAAAAGGAUAGAUCAAGUACAAAUUGGGAGCAGCUACAAGGUUCAAUUGUAUCCGGAUGGAGUCCACAAGGAGCAGCUCGUCACCAUCGAGACGAUAUGGAGCGACAGCAGCGGGAGCGAGUUGCUGGGAGUGGGAGAAAGAGCAGACCCUGGCAACCAGCGCAAGGACCUGUGCCUGUCGUUCGCGCUGUACAAGCUGCUGCGCCGUCGGUUCUACCAUCUCCCGAUGCAUGAGCUGUACAGGCCGCGUGGGAAGGAGAAGAUGAGGAGGCUCGUCUUCGACUACGUCCUCGAGGACCGCGAGAGGGCUUUCCGCAUCACGGGGACGGAGCUGUCCUUCAUCCGAGACCUGUUGUACAGCAAGCACGCCACCGUGUUUGCUGGUGGCCUCCUGGUGCCGCUGCAGAGGCUCCUGCUGUCUCUGUGCCUGGCCACUGCGACGGGGUACCUCGCCUAUACUUGCCGGCACAUUCCCGAGAGGAUGGAUCCAGCAGACCGGAACAGAAUCACCCAUGGCGUCUUCAUCACCCGCCUCAUGGUCGCUACCAUCGUCCUCAAGGAGGUACUGGAGAUUAUUCUCUAUCUGUGUUCACGCUGGGCAAAAGUUCUCAUCUUGUGCAAGUACAUCCAGCAUCCGUGCUUGCAGCGUCCCGUAGUGGAGGGAGUGAUGAGGUUCAUGCUUUGGUUCGGCAGCAAAGCCAAGUGGAGUCAGACGGUCCGUCAGCAGAACCUUCUGCUAUCACCUAAAGCCCGUUUCAGUGCAGUGCCUGGUCAGCCAAAUCCUUUGCUUAUAAUGAUGAGCCGUCGAGGGGCAUUCCAUGGAACAACUGGCCUGAAGGAUUACAUGAAGGAUGCGAUAUUGGCUGCACUCAAGAACGGGGAAGAAGACCUAGCGCUGGAUAACUACUUCCCCAACUCCUUCAGAUCAAUCAAGGAGGAGUGGCCAUGCUGUGAUCUCAAGGUAGACACCCAUAUCAUUCUGGUUUGGCAUAUCGCAACCUGCCUCUGUGAGAUCUACUUCUUCGACAAGGUCAAGGAGCUCUCGGCUGUGGGGCGGCAGCGGGGACCGUUCAUGGAGGAACCUGAACAAGACGAUGAGUCUGAAUCUGAUGAAUGGUCUGAGCAGUACGCAACUGCAGUCACUUUAUCCAACUAUUGUGUGUAUCUGUUAAGCAAGGCGUUGGUGCCGGAUAAUCGCCUCGUUGCCCGGAAGGUUCUUGAUGAGGUAAUCCGAGAAAUCGACUACGUGAUUGUUGGGCGAGAGACACGGCAAAAGCUUGUUCGAUCCAUGAAACUGGAAGAUGUGUACAAGAGUCUUAUGAAGACAGUCGACAAGCCCUGCAGCAAGAACAACCCAGAGCACCAUCAGAGCAGGGGCCCUGCGGCUGACGUGGAAGUUGCAGCAACGCCACCAGGUCCAGAUCAUCAAAAGCUGACGGAGAUGGAGGUGUACCAUGGCAACCCAGCAGGCCUCUGGAAGGACCUGGCCAACUUCUGGACAGGGUUCCUCCUCCACUUGGCGGCCAACACUGGAGCAGCCACGCACGGACGUCAUCUCGCCGGCGACACUGAGCUCAUCACACACCUGUGGGCGCUGCUUACGCACGCCGGCUAUCGUGGGAACGCCGUCCACGGCGAGCAGGGCCUAGACCUGGAGGACAUCCUGGAUAUCCACCAGCAAGUCCCCAUCCAAUGA